GGAAUACAGACAAAAAAAAAGGAAGACUUGCUUUCUUCUUUAUCCAGCUCAAAUUCUGGAAAUAGCAAAAAGGGCAAAGACUCAUACGAAGAAGAGAAUUACAGUGAAAAAAAUUUCUAGAUUCUGACACCCUUUUGGAAAAUUCGAAUCGGGUUUGGUUUUUCUUGGUAGAUGGCGUUUAAUCCUAGUAGUAGAAUGGACCCACAAAUGGCUGCAGAAAGAGCCGUCUCUGUGAUCGGCUUAGGUUAUGAUUUGACCAGUGAUAUCCGGUUGACGGCGUGUAAACCCGGUCCGAACGGGUCGGGUUUGAUAGAGGUUGAUCAGAAGUCGACCAAGGACCUGGUGGUGCCUGGUGGGGUGGUGGUUUCUAAUGUUUCCACCUCUAUCAAGUGCGAUAAAGGUGAGCGAACUAGGUUUCGCUCCGACGCUCUUUCUUUUAGUCAGAUGUCUGAGCAAUUGAAUCAGGAGUUGUCUCUGUCUGGUAAGAUACCUUCUGGUUUGUUUAAUGCGAUGUUCGGUCAUAAGGGAUGCUGGCAAAAAGAUGCAGCUUCGACAAAGCUUCUCGCUUUUGAUGGUUGGUUCAUUACCUUGUACAAUAUUGAGUUAGUGAGAUCCCAUCUAACACUAUCUGAGCAAGUGAAACAAGACGUGCCUUCUUCUUGGGAUCCUCUUGCACUUGCAGAGUUUAUUGAAAAAUAUGGCACCCAUAUUGUUGUUGGGGUAAAGAUGGGAGGUAAAGAUGUAAUUCACAUAAAGCAGCUGCAAAAUUCCAUUCUACAGCCAAUGGAGGUGCAGAAAUUACUUAAGCAAUUAGCUGAUGGAAAAUUUUCAGAAGAUUUAAAUGGAUGCCAGAUAGCAAACCCUGUUAGAUCCUCUGAGAAAUCAAAGGAUGAAAAAUCAAUAUUCUCAGAUCCUCAUCUACCAUUUGCAAACUCAAUGAGACCAUCUAUUAUGUCUCACUCGAAAGCUGAUGAUCUACUAAGUAUUCAUAUCCGUCGAGGAGGUCUUGAUUUUGGUCAAAGUCAUAGCCAGUGGCUUCCUACUGUAUCACAGUCUCCCAAUGUCAUAUCUAUGUCGUUUGUGCCAAUCGCUUCACUUUUGAGUGGUGUAAGGGGCAGUGGAUUUUUAAGCCAUGCAAUUAAUCUUUACCUUCGAUAUAAACCGCCAAUCGAGGAAGUUGAACAAUUUUUAGAAUUUCAGUUACCUCGGCAGUGGGCUCCAGCAUACAGUGAUCUUCCUCUUGGUCAUCGCCAAAGAAAACAAGCUUCUCCAUCCUUGCAGUUCACUUUGAUGGGUCCAAGGCUAUAUGUUAACACUGUAAAGGUUGACUCUGGAAACAGGCCAGUAACUGGAAUUCGGUUAUACUUGGAAGGUAAAAGGAGUGAUCACCUGGCUAUCCAUCUUCAACAUCUAUCAGCACUUCCUCAAAGUAUCCAACUAACAGAUGAUCUUAGCUAUGAGCCUGUCGAUGAACCAGUUGAAAAAGCGUAUUUUGAACCUGUCAAAUGGAGCAUAUUUUCACAUGUUUGCACUGCUCCAGUUGAAUACCGUGGAACACGAAUAGAUGACUCUGCUUCUAUUGUGACCAAGGCCUGGUUUGAGGUGAAGGUUAUUGGAAUGAAAAAGGUCCUCUUCCUGAGGUUGGGAUUCUCGAUGGUCGCCUCAGCAAAGAUCCGUCGAUCAGAGUGGGAAGGACCAUCAACCACAUGUCGAAAAUCAGGUUUGAUCUCAAUGUUGAUCACCACCCCGUUCAGUACAAAGCUAAACCAACCACAGAAGCCAGCAAAGGUGGACUUGAAUUCUGCAGUUUAUCCUGGUGGUCCACCUUCACCGGCAAGAGCACCAAAGAUGUCUCACUUUGUUGAUACAACAGAAAUGGUAAGAGGUCCCGAAGAGUCACCUGGCUACUGGGUAGUCACUGGUGCAAAGCUGUGCGUGGAAGAUAGUAGGAUAAGAGUGAAAGUGAAGUACUCCCUCUUAACCAUACUUACAGAGGACUCAUUGUUGAUAUAAAGGAUUGGAAGAUUGCAUUUCAUGCUUUUAUCUUUCUCUAUAGGACAUUGUACAUGUAUAUUUUUUCAUCUGAUAUUUGCGCAGAUAUGCAAAAUGUGUUAUAGCAGGGUCAAAUUGGCCUAGUUAAAAGUUGUGUAAUGAAACUUUGAACUUUUGCUGAAAGAAACGAAGAGAGUUUUUGGAUGUA